AUGCCCGUCUGCUGUGUGUGAGUUCCGUGACAUCAAGACACACAGAUCCGUGUUAUCUGGUUGGGACUGACAUAAUUCAUACAUACUCAAAACUCUUGGGACAUCGCACAGCUCUUUUAGACAGCAGAGGGGAAGAGUGUGCUGCUGCUCAAGGAUCUGGUGUAUAUUUCCAGCAGUUUUCCAGCAGGUGUUACUGAAGGAUUUAUCACAGACUUUCAGCAGGGUUCAUGAAACUUUGCUACGAUUUGCGAGCUGGAGCUGCCAUACGUAAUGUUAAGGUAAAGCCUAAAGCAGCUGUGUUGAACAUGCUAAAGCGGCUGGACAAAAUAAGAUUCCGUGGUCCAAAGCGAGAUGACUUCCUGGAUCUACCCGAGUCACCCACAGGAUCAGACACUGAAUGUAGUGAUGACAUGCUGCUGAGACCUCAACCUUCAAUACGAGACAAUGACGAGCAGAGAGACCCUGCUAGUUUGGGGACUUUGUCUGUCAUGCAAGACCUGAGGAGCGAAUCGGAAUGUCUCAAUGAGGUCAAGGGUCAUUUGGAAAUUGCCUUACUGGAGAAACACUUCCUACAGGAGGAACUGCGGAAGCUACGAGAAGAAACCAAUGUGGAGACCCUUAAGCAGGAGUUGGAGAAAGAACACAGCAGAAGACUAGACCUGGAACAGAAGAUGAGUGAUAUGCUGAAGACUAGGUGUGAAGAUUCUCCACCUCAUCCUCCACGGAAGCAACAGCCACCUGCAGCUAAUGGCACAGACAAACAACAGAAAGAGACAGUGUGUUCGCGGCUGCAGAGCUGGCUGUAUGAUCAGUUUGGGGUUUAUAUCGAGGAUUUUCGCUUCCAGCCUGAGGAGAACACGGUUGAGGCUGAGGAGCCACUAAGUGCUAAAAGAUUAACAGAAAAUAUGCUACGACUUAGCCUGUCAACACAUUUGAGAACUAUGAUGUCCGACCCUCAGCUGAAAGAACGCAGCAAUGCCACUGUGUCACGACGGAUCCAGCCGGUGGUUUCACGGAGUAGUUUAGCUACCAUCCCGGCCGGAGUGACCAGAGAGGAAGAGAGUAGCCGUUCACACAGCACAAAGAAAGGAGCAUUCCAUGAGGUCUUCAACCUACCUGAGAAUGAGAAACCUCUGCCUGUAUGUGAGAAUGGUUGGAGAUGCUGUCUGAUAAACAGAGACAGGAAGAUGCCGACUGACUACAUUCGCAAUGGGAUGCUCUAUGUCACUGAGAACUGCCUGUGUUUUGAGAGCUCCAGCACAAGAUCAGGAUCUUCAAAGAAGAACAAAGUCAUCAAACUGGUGGACAUCACAGACAUCCAGAAGUAUAAAGUUUUAUCAGUUCUGCCUGGGUCUGGAAUGGGCAUUUCUAUUGCCACUCCAUCAACACAGAAGCCACUGGUCUUUGGUGCCAUGGUACACAGAGAUGAGGCCUUUGAGACAAUUUUUACCCAGUACAUGAAGAUCAUGACCACAGCCAACCCUGAGAUGUAACUCACCCUUUAUCCUGCUGGAGGAUAUCUCAUUUGGAUAAUAGUUUCCUGUCUAGUUAACUUCAAACGACUGUAAUUUGUAAGAUUGUGGGCAUCUGAUGUGACUAGCAGGAGAUUCAGCGAGUGGACAUUCCAGUGAGGGUUUUUGCAUCUCAAAGCAGAGGCUUUUCCAACUUGAGGGAUGCGGGUGGCUUCUUAUUAUGCUUUUCAAAAAUGAGCAUACUGAUCAGUGUACAGACUUGUGUUUUGUACUUGUCUCUCAUUGAUUCAGAUUUCAUGUCUGGUUUUAUUGUUUUAUUGUCUGGAAGAUGUUACAGGAAGGAUGGUCUUUAACACUUUAGACAGCAUAAAAUAACUUAAUCAGUAUUUUUGUUUAAAAGACAAUUAACCACAAUUGUUAGGUAAAACAAAUCAAAAGCUAUAUUUAAGAUAUAUUUCAUUGAAAUUUCCUUCUCAUUUAAAUUUGCCUUUAAGCUAAAUUUUAAUAUUUUAAACCGGUAAAUAAGACAAAUAUACUGAUAAAUAUUUAAUGUAAUUUUGCAGUAAUUGCAUUUUAAGGUGUGUUAACACUUAUAAUGUUUUGCAGCAAAAAUUGACAGGAAAUCACUUUUAAUAAGAGUUUGAGCAAUAUCAGACAACAUAAAGUUAUAGUAUGUGUCUCAUGCUCUAUAUUUUAUCUUGACCUUCACUCUCAAAUUUAAUUUAUAUUUGUAGUCAGCAUAAUUUAUUUAUAUACUAUACAUACAUUUUUUAUAUUCAGGUUAGUUCUAAAGUUAAACUUUGUGCACUUUGUUAUUUUGCAAUGGUCACUGUUCAAGUUGCCAGAAAUCUAAAACUUUCAUUGAAAAUGAAUGUAAAUUAUUUUUGUCACUGCAAAUGAGUGCAAAUAACCUUUAAGGCUGAUAAACAAAGCAUUUUUUUACGUGUUUGCAUUGUUGCUGUGUGCGCAAAAACACACUUAAAACUCAUUUAAAUCUCACCUCUCAGAAAAGAGUGCUUCAUGUGUUUUUAGCAGAAUAUCUUCCCAAGUUUAACUUUGGGAAAGCGUAGUUUCAAAUUAUUUAAAAUGCCUUUCUUCUAAACUGUAAUGGCAGUCAGCAGAAUCACUAACACUAAUUAGAUAUGAAUGGUGUCAAACUCAGAAACGAACACUGGGUUGCACUUUAUUUUAUUUUACAAAGUGACUCUAAACUCAUCUUGAUGACAAUUUUUAGGCCAUUAGAGCAAUUUUUGGUUGAAUCUCACUGAGAAAUAUCCAGAUCAUAUUUUACCACAAAAUCUAAAGAAUGCAUAGUUACGAAAAAAGAAAAAAAACUUGAUUCUCAGUCAUGAAUUAUUCCAGAACAACUAUGUGUAAACUAUUGAAAAACUGACCAGCAGCAAAUUUUAGAUGUAGUGGUAAAACAAUUCAGUGGCAAUAUCCUGUAAUGUUGAAAUAUAAGAGAAAUCUAACUUAAGGAAUUGUACAAUAUUUAUAGUGGGUCACACUUUUCAUUUGUCUACCCUAAACAGAAGAGCUUUGCACAGAUACACUAUAAUAUUAAGAGUUUAUUUAAAUGUUGGAAAUUACAUUUGUAUAAUUUGUAUCUAAGACAUUCCAAAGAUCAUCAUUUUAUGAGAAAAUACUGUUCUGGGUUUUCAAAGACUUUACUCACCCAUAUGAGGGACUGUUGAAUGUUGCUCAGCUCCCAAAGAUGAAUCUGUGUAUUUUACCAAAGGCCAUUUAGAGCUUUUGGAAUUUUCCCACACGCUGGCUGAUGUUUUGGAUUGCACUUAUGAAGCACAGAAUGAAUCGAUUGACUAAUAAUUUUGCCAAAUGUUGUUUCUUUAAACUGCUCUUCUGCAUUGUCUGUCUCAAAUUGAUGUUUACACAGGCCGGGUGUAAAUCCAGUCCAGACCAGGUUGAUCCCUGCUAAACAGCCCAGCCCAGGGGUGUGAAAACUGGAAUAAUAUAAUAUAAUUUAUUUUAUUUUAUUUUAUUAUUAUUAUUUUUCAUCUUCUUGUGGUUUUUGGAUGCAACUGCUUUAAUAUCAGCACUAAGAAAUACAUUACAAGUAAAUGAAUACAGUACAUGAAUGUACAUGCAUAGGUCAUAUUUCUUUUAGAUGUGAAAGAAAAAAAAAAUAUAAAUAAUAUUUUGUAGAUUUCCUGAAAUUCUUUGUUUAAAAAAUUAACAUGUUAUCCAGUAAAGAUUUUGAAGUACUAUAUUUAUACAUCAUGGUUAUAUUGUACUGCCUUAAAUUUGUGCUGAUUUUAAGUUUUUAUUUAUGCAAUAUAUAAUUGCUUUCUUAUUUGAAUUUAGUGGUUGAAUAUGAGACUUGUUCAUGAAGUUCACACACACACACAAUAUACAUUUUAAAAGCAACAGUUUACAUAAAAAUGCUUUGUUGGGCUGUUUAACUGAGCAUCAUAAGUCAUUGUGUAUCUGGAGAUGCUCAAGUUGGCACUAGUUGAUAAAGUAUUUGUUAACUGUGUAAAUGUUUGCUAUUUUCAUAAUAUUUUCUAAUGAGUUCAUCUGACAGAUGUGAAUUGUUAUUAUUUGUUAGCUGUUUUUUUCUGGCUGUCUGAAGACAAAUGAUUUAUAUACAAAAUGAUGAUAACAUGUUAUGUUCUGAUUUCAAUAGAACAAUGUAUAUUGUUAAAUCAUAAUGUGUUGUACAGUUUUUUUUAUUUAAGUAAAUUAAUGAAUUGUAUAGA